AUGGAGGAAAAUGGCGCCCAUGAUCGCAAGCCGUCCGAGGCCUCUGCGGAAUCGGGCCCGGCGCGCUCAACGUCGAGUGAGACCAGCAAGGCAAGCCAUCAUAGCGGAAGCUCGGGGAGUCUGCUCAACCGCAAGCCGACAGGUUACACCAUACCUGACCCGGUCUCGGUCGAGGAGCAUGGGAGGACCUGGAAUGCUUAUAGAGAGGGCAAGUACCUGCUUCCGAAUGAUGCGCUCGAGCAAGAACGCCUUGAUCUAGCGCAUGAAAUGUGGCGACUGCUCAUGUUCGGAGAUCUUGCCUGGGUUCCGUUCGCGGACGAGCCGCGCGACGUUUUGGACAUCGGAACGGGCACAGGCAUGCGCCGGCGAGGUGCCUUUCAUGGGCGUCAGAUUGUAAAGCUGGCUGACUUUGCUCUGCGAAGCUGGGCCAUCGAGUGGGCUGAACAUCAUCCAGCAUCGCGCGUUGUCGGUACGGACAUAAGUCUCAUACAGCCUCCGGAGGAGAGUAUACCCUCAAACUGUACCUUUGAACGGGAUGACGUCGAGGAAGAAUGGGUUUUUGACAGGCUGUUCGACUAUAUACACUUACGGUCGAUGCUCACAUGCUUCAAUAACCAUACCAGUGUCCUACAGAAGGUAUACGAUAACCUGCGCCCGGGCGGGUGGGUGGAGUAUCAUGAGUACGAUCCAGAAGUCUUUGGCAAGGACGAUGCGAACCAAGAGGCUCUGAUGGCCUCGGCCCUAUGGCAAUGGUGUCAGCGACUGUUUAGGAGUGCCAAGCGGUUUGGCCGAGAUAUGUUGAUCGCACGCCGGUAUAAACAGUUCUUAUUGGAUGCGGGCUUUGUUGACGUUACGGAGAGGAUAAUACUGGCCCCUAAUAAACCCUGGUCGACUGACCCUCGAGAGCGCCGGAUCGGGCAGUACAUGCAAGCCAACAGCCUCGAGAUGCUGGAUGCUGUAUCUGCCAAGUUGCUACUUGGCGACGGCAUGUCGACGGACGAAAGCGAGCAACUGAACUCUCGUGUCCGCGAGUCCUUUGCCAGCCCAGACCUUCACCUGUAUUCCCGCAUGUACGUUGUAUACGGAAGAAAGCCCAGGGAAGGCGAAUAUGUUCCAUCGAGGAGCCAAGCACCAGAAGGUACGGAAAUUGUACCAAAAGCCGAGGUCAAGACAGAGUUGCAACGGGCCUCUCGGGUAGAGAGCAUAGCAACGACAGAUUCUUCAACUGAGAAGGCAUUCAAGGCCGACGGUAUCGUGGCAGCCGGGGAGCACAUGCCAACGGAAAGCCGUCGGGGCAUGGCUUCAGAAGAGUUACCACCGACCACAGAUGCAACUGCAGCAGACACCAGUGUUUACGCCGAUCAGCCCAAUUCCCUAAUUGGAGCAAGUCGUUCCAGCCGGGGCUAUGGAGACUAA